GAAGACUACAUAUUGCUCAACAUUACUGUACACGAUCAAAGCCACACUCUCUACUUUCAGGCGGUCUACACUACUAUUCCCAGGUUUAUCAAACUGCAAUUUGCGUCAAAUUUUGACUGGCCUCAGUCGCAAUGGGGAAGAAACUGAGCGAAGAAGUCGUCGAGUCCGACAGUGACGAAUCGAUGCAAGAUGCCCCCGAGACGACAGGCAUGAACGAAAAGAAAGAUUCAAAGGUAUCUUUCAAUCAAGUAUCAACGAGUCCAAGCUCGGAAUCUGAGAGCUCCGACGAAUCAAGCUCCGAAACACAAAAUAACAAUGCGGCAUCAUCGAACAGAAAGAAAACUUUUGUACCACCCGCCGGGUUUAGACCAUCCAAAUUGAAGACUCAACCGUCAGCAGCCGUAUCAUCAGCCCUCUCCAACCUUGAGGGUAAACAAGUGUUCCAUAUCUCAGCACCGUCAUAUUUACCAUUAUCGGAAAUAAAACAAAUAGACUUCGGUAAGGCGACGUCGGGAGAACCGAUCUUGUCACAUAAAGGCGUGGAUUACGGUCUUAUGGAAAACAGUCGACAACAGAAACAAGGCUUGGAGACGUUGCUGGUCUACGACGAGAAAACGAAUACAUUCUUACGGAAACCGGAAUUGAGGAAAAUUGAAAGCUACAAUAUACAGGAAAUUGUGCGACUACCUGGAUUGGAUACAUUAGUGCCGUCAUCUACUCAACAAGAUGCGGCCAAGAAACAACCCGGAGCACGACCACAGCCCAAGCAUCUUAGAAUGCGAUUUCAUCCCGUUGGAAGUUCAAAUCAUCCUCCAGAGACGGUGGGCUCUAGCUCCGAGUCGGAAGCUGACGAGCCUCCUACAUUCCGCGUCCCACCGGGAAGCUCAAAGGAGAAAGAAGAGAAAGAACGCAAGAGAAAGACAGACGGGAAGCAAAAUGGAACCGAGGAAAAGGCUAAAAAGUCCAAGAAAGAGAAGCAGCAACCAUCAUCUCAGGUAGAGGCAGAAUCGGGGGGUCGGCGAGACAAGGAGAAGAAGUCAUCCAAACACCGAGAUGAGACGAGUCAAGAGCGAAGGGCUCGGAAAGAAGAAAAGAAGAAGCGCAAGGCUGAGAAGGGGAAGUAGUCAUUUGACAAGUGUAACGGCUGGGAAAAGUUUAUAUAGGUAGUUUGUAUGCGGUUCUUGUUAAUAUUUACAGCGCUGCUGGGAUUUAUGUUCGAUUCUGAGGCGUAUAAUGAUUGAAGACCCAAUGCAUUCCUUAUGUAUG